UUUUUGACUAAUGUUGUGAAGCGUUCGCUAGGCGUGGUCACACCGCCUCGGCUCUAUUAGAGGAGGUCGUAUCGGUCAGUAGUCGUCAAUCGUUAGUAAAAUCAUUUCAGUGUGCGUGUGGAGACGAUGGACAGGCAACGACGGUUAAGUGGACCAUUUGACAUGGUGACCAUUUUUCGAGGAACGCAAGAGUUGCCAAUGAAAUUGUCGGACGUGAGCAGUUUGCGACUGUCUCGAGUUUUCAAGGCAAGUCAAGUUGUACACGGCGCGAACAACUUUAGAUGUUAAAACAAUCAUACACUGUUAACUAAUUAAUUAAGGUGAUCGACAAAAUUCAGUGUUGCGUAUCACUGUGUAGGUAGAAGUCAUUUACCUGAAAAGAGAGGAUGGCAACGAGGCGGCAAUAUUUCCUCAUACUGGAGGUCGAUUCGACGGACUCUCGGCUGGUCAUCGCUAUCAACUCUACGGCGACCCGCUCUUGGUGGAAGAGUCCAAUGUGUCCGAUGCCUCGUCGUUUCCGCACAGUCGUCGCCUACAGCUGCAGCCAGUGGUAGGUGUAACCAGUGAAGCAAGUCGCCAUACUGCUAGGACCGCAACAGUUCCAGCACCCGGAACUUCAUGGGCGCCGACGCCGUCUUCCUCUUGGUCUGCGUUUAGAUCGGUAGCACCGAGCAGCAAGAAAGCGCGGUCGCAAUCGGCAGUCAGAGAAAUCAAGAAGAGUGUUGACCUGUGGUCUAUGGAAGUCGUUCGAAACAAGCUGCAGCUAGCCGAAGUACGUUCGCAGACGUACGUUCGCUUUGCCGAAAGUGACGUCAGCCUACUACAUAUUACUGACUUAGUUCAGAGUCACUUUGAAGCUCAAGGUGUUGUUCCGUGUGACGACCGAAUUAUCCUAGUGGACAACCGCGGCGUACCGUUCGCAGAUGACGAAGGAACAAGAGACGUAGACUUUUGGAAGGCACCGUCUCGAAGAAUCUGUGCGGUACUCCAGUCGGACUAUGACUCACUGAAGUGCUACCUCGAUUCUAUACGAGAGACGGCACCGAUCAAACGAAAACGAGCUUCAUCGGCCACCGCCUCGUCAACAGCGAUCGGUUACGGCCAGCUGCAGUCGUUGAGCUCGAGCACUCGUGCCUCAUCUCCGGAUAUGGAUAUCCUUUUCAAGAUCGACGGCGAAGUAGAAGACGCGCUAACUCAUCUCGGCCGCCUGAAGUCCAGCUUCGAACGAGUACACGAGCGACUCCAGAACAGCGAAGACAAGAUGGAGCAAGUGACUCGCCAUCGGUUGCCAUCGAAACGACGCACUAAAUCGAAAACAGCGACAAUAGCAGCAAGAAUGAUGCGUUGCAAGAUUUGCCACCUGCUCAGCAGAAGUCCGAUAGCAGUGUCUAUUUGCUGCCGACAAUGGCUCGGCUGCGAACGUUGCACUUCUCAAUGUGGGCGUUGCCCACUCUGCAAGGCUACGUGGUCAGACGACAAACGUCCGCUGUCUCUUUGCGGUUUCGACGACAUGAAAGAGCUCAAAAAAGAAAUGCGAAAUGAACUUGGGAGCGACGUAGCUCACGACGACAGCUCGUCGGACACGGAACUACCGAUCAUGUUACAAUCUGCCACAACCCAAGGUGUCGGUGCCUCCUCGUCACACAGCUUGACUGCAGAUGUGAACGUACGCGCCGACAAUGAGAGCCCAGAGAUUACUGAGUGACACAUUGACAUAGUCUACUUAAUUAAUAACUAGCUCUAGCUGUAAGCCGCGCUGUUCUACGUUAGCUAGUUGAGUUAGUUCAAUUAAUUGAGUUGAGCAAAUAGAGUUCAGUUGAGUUGACUUCAA